AUGUGUGGUAAAGGUUACGAAGAAACGUUCACAAUAUCACAAUUAUCACCAAAAUCGGCUAUCAUCGAUCAAUCAUCCGUUGACGGAUUACUACAAACCAGUCAAACGGCAAACAUAGACUUAAAAAUAGAACCUAGUAUUAGUAUUAAUGUAGAAAAACUUCAAAUUAAUGAUAAUGACGGUUCAGAUGAACCUACGACUUUAACCAAAUCUGCUGAUCCAAUCAGAAGUUCAAGAGCAAUAAGCACAGAUGAAAUUCCAACAUCAAAUAAUGAAAUUGAUAAUCAUUUAGAGAUACACAAUAAAAGAAAAUAUUACGAUAUACAUCCAACCAAAACCAUAUCGUAUUUACGAAGUGAUGGUGAAGUUAUGCUGUCUUCGGAAGGUUUCGGAGACAGGCUGGAGUUCAGGUUGCCGGGGGAAGGGAAGCGGGUUCCAAAAGCGCGGGCACUGGCGCCGAUGGGACCCAGAAUACGGCCUACUGCAGUGCAGCCGAUCUUUGCGACAGCUACCCCUAAAGAUGGUCCCAGACAGAACUCAGAUAUCCAGAAUAUCAUUACUGGAAUCGUCAAACUUUUGAAUGGAAAUGUUAACGUUCAAGCCAAUUCUCAGCUCUUGCGUCCUGGACGUCCUAUGGCCUCAAGAAUCAAUAACCGGGGUCCUCCAAGAAUAUCAGAUGUUCCUCCAAUGCCAGAAUUUGACGGUCCAAUCACUCCACCUCCUCAACUUUUCCAUCAAACUAAAACUCCUCCUCCAUAUCCAUUUGAUAGACCACCGGUGCAUGUAAAUUUGCCAGAACAGAUUGUACCACCACUGAACAGACCAAGUUUCCACAGACCGUUACCUCCUUGGCAAAGACCGCCGAGACCUAGGCCACCAAACAGAAGACCAAACCCCGGACUGCCCCUUUAUAAGCCAAAUUUACCACCAUUACCUGAUAUACCAGACAUUUCAGAUACUGAGGAAGAUCCAAACGAUGCCAGCGCAAACGAAAAUGAGACUACUCACUCAGAAAAUACAAUUCACAAUGAAGAUCAGUCCAUUCAUUCUUUAUCGUCUGAAGUCAGUAUUACAGAACCUGAUGUUGUUAAAGAAGAUAAGCAAGAGACGACUACAAUAUAUGAUACGAGUACAGCUUCUUCUAGUACAACUACGACUACUACUACAACUACGACAGAAGCAGCAACGACGCAGAAGUCGACCACCCAACCACCGACCUCUACAGAAAAAGCAACCACCACACAAAAGCCAACUACUACAGAAAGACCGACUACUACAGAAAAACCGACUACUACAGAAAGACCGACUACUACAGAAAAAUCAUCUACCACUACAGAAAAAAAAGUUGAAAAAUCAAAGAAUGACAAAAAGAAAGAAACAGUUAUAAGCGAGAAAGAAAAAACAAAAGAAAAAGUUAAACUGGAAGAUAAACCUUCUAACAAAACUAAAAAUGAAUUUGACCAGGUCAUCCAAAUCGUGGAGCCAUCGAUACCGGUGAGACCUAGUAGUACAGUGUCCAUUGCUACUCCGACUCCAACUGAAGGAUUGAUCAGUGCAGCUCCAACCGUCAAUGUAACAACAUCUACUCCAAGUCUUAUUGAGUCUUCAUCGAUAAAUUCAGAGCCAAUACCGACUUCCCAAUCACCAGGCAUCUCCUACCACCCCUACCGUCCUCGUCCCGGCAUAGUCCUGGACGAUCCGGACUUCAAACCCCACGGCACUAGGUACAGGCCUGACGCUUCCGUGAUCACCGCUGUGGAUACCAAACCUCCAGGGUAUGGAGAGAUCUUUGACGUCACCGUGUCUGCUAUACAGGGCUUGGGAUCAGAUAAAGGCGGUGCUUCAGUUCAUAUAGAAAACGUAAACAUUGGUCAUGAGCAUCACCAAGAUGACAUCAUAGUCUCUGCAUCAGGAGAGCAGGGCUUCGUCUCCAUAGACGGCAAGAGGACGUACCUCAACCUCUUCGAUACUUCCACUCCUGGACCGACCAUCAAGCCGACUCAUGUACAGAGUUUGCCGCAAUCUGUUCCACCCAUCCCCCCGCCUCCAGUAGAACAGACACUAGGAACAGGUGUCGCCAUCCCAGCGGAUGAUGUACCGCAGCCACCAGUCAGGAGACCUGCACAGCAUCCGCAACAUCCUCACCCUCAACACCCGCCCCUCCACAGACCACAACAAGGGUAUAGAAGACCUCAGCCUACUGUUAGAAUCGACACGUGCAUAGUGGGAGAUGAUUCCACUUGUGAUCAGACACAGAACGAGAAGUGUAGAACUGAAGCUGGUAUCUCCAGCUGCCAGUGCCGUCCAGGUUACGCGCGCCGUGUCCACAGAGACCCUUGCCGAAGGGUCGUGUCGCUACUUCUCAAUAUGAGGGUUGACAGGUUCCAUGAUAGAAAGGUGGCGUGGGACGCUAAGCUGGCUGAUAAGGAUACAGACCCUUAUCAGCAGUUGAGUUAUGAAGCUGUGAGAGCUGUGGAUUCAGCUUUCUCCAUGACUCCGUUUUCUGAUGACUUCGUGAGUGGCUCAGUCAACUCUAUAUAUAAGGGGGACGAGGACAACCCAGGGGUGUACGUCAACCUCACAGUGUUGAUGCAGGAGACCCCAGAAACCUCCCGGUCCCAGGUGGCGGUUGACAUACAGAAGCAUCUGCUAGGAGUGAUCAGAAGACGCUCCAACAACAUCGGCUCCUCAACACUCUGGGUACACUCUCCAGCCGGCAGUGUGCUGCCUUUACAUGAUGUCGAUGAAUGUUCAUCAUCAGAUUUGAAUGACUGCCAUCAGCUAGCGACUUGCACCAACACUUGGGGUGGAUUCAGAUGCAUGUGUCCCGACACGACCCUGGACGCGGCUCCCUCCCCCUCCCGCCAGGGUAGAGAAUGCAAGUCAUGCGCCUCCUCGCACUGCAACGAGCGCGGGGUCUGCAAGUACGCCAGUGGACAACCUUACUGCAGUUGUUCAUCAGGAUACUACGGGUCUACCUGCGAAGUUGACGGUGAAGUUGUGGGGGUGGCGGUGGGAGCCUCUCUAGCCGCUGCCCUCGUCAUCGCUCUCACUCUCGCUGCUCUCAUGUCCUGGAGUCGCAAAUGGUCCCGUGAGCAGAAGGCAGUUGGUAUGGGCUCCCCGAUCUUCAACUAUAUGGCGGCGAACACUGUUAAAACCCCACCAGUGGGACAACCACCUUACCAGGUGACGCUUGAAGAAAGGAUGCGGUGGGCACAAAUCGCAGAAGCGAUGGCACAAGCCAGUCACUAUGCGCCGGAGGGAGGGCAGGGCAUAUCGACGCGCCCCUCUUCAGCCAUGUUCGGCGGGUACCCCACACUACCUCCGGUGCCUUUGCCCAGCAGUCAUGAAAUGUCCUACAGGAUGGGGUUGCACAACCAUCACUCUGGCACCAUGAACACGGUCACCUCCCGGGCCAACACUUCGGCCUCGCAUCACAACUUGUAUGGCUACUCAAACCAGAUGGCGACAGAGUCGACCAGCUCUGAAGCCUCCAGUCACGUGCAGGAGAGGGCCGACCUCCUCGUGCCUCGGCCCAAGUCUAGAGCCAGCAGGAGUAUGCACAAUCAAACCGGAAUAUACUACGAUGUGGAUUACGAAAACGCGCCUGAAGCCAUCUACGGCACUAAAGGCAUUCCUCUUUCAACGUACACAGUGAGUAGAGGACCACCCUUCUACAGGACAUAG